GUGAAAAGAAUCACAUUGCACAUGUAUUAAUAUGCAAUUGAUCUUGGCAGGGAAUGCUACCAAUUCAUGUCUGCAAGGCCAUGGCAAAAAGUUGUUGAAUUUUAUUCAGAAAUGGUGAAAGGGCAGUCAAAAUUGGAAGAUAUGUUUCAAAGAGAGAUUCCUACCAUUCAAGAAGAAGCAGAAGCUAAAGAAUAUUUUGUGGAACCUGAGUUGGGUAGCUUUCCAGUUGAAGAUAGGACUGGAAGAUGGGCAAGAGUGACAUUUAAGAUUGUCCUAUCAUAUCAUGGGCCCUCCUUUGGUGGCUGGCAGAAGCAGCCUGGUUUGAAUACUGUUCAGGAGCUGGUUGAAAGAUCUCUUGGGAAAUUUGUCGAUGACAAAAAAGCUCAACAACUUAAGGAUAGGAACUUACCAUUAGAAGGCUGUGCAUUAGUUGCUGGGCGCACUGAUAAGGGGGUUUCAGCCUUCCAACAAGUCUGUUCUUUCUAUACUUGGAGAAAGGACGUCAAUGUUGAAGACAUCGCAGAUGCUAUAAAUAGCAUAACACCUGGCAUGAUAAGGGUAGUUUCUGUAACUAAGGUCUCAAGAGAAUUCCAUCCUAAUUUUUCUGCCAAAUGGAGGCAAUACAUGUACAUUUUUCCUUUAGAGCAAGUGCAGGGCUGCCAACAUAUAGAGGAUGUUGCAGAUAAAUAUUGCUAUGAUUCUUCUAAUCAACUGAAUCAAUGUACUGAAAAUCUCAUUGAAGGAUAUGCAAUUGGUAAUUCCAAGGAGGACGUGGUUCCUGGCAACAAACCUAUUAGGUUUGAAGUAAGCAAGGUUAACCACUUACUGCGCCAACUAGAAGGAAAGCUUUUGUCGUACAAAAUGUUUGCACGAGAUACGAAACCUUCAAGGAACAUUGGUCCACCUACAGAGUGCUUUGUCUACCAUGCCCGAGCUAUUGAGGUCUUAUUACCAAGUGCAAAGGAUGGGAAGCAUACACAGACGAUGUGCAUUGAGUUGGUUGCCAAUCGCUUUUUACGUAAGAUGGUUAGGGUUCUGGUGUCAACGGUGAUAAGGGAAGCAGUUGCUGGCGCAGAUGAGGAUGCAUUACUGAAGCUGAUGGAUGCCACUUGCAGGCGUGCCACUGCUCCACCGGCGCCACCAGAUGGCCUUUGCCUUGUAAACGUCGGUUAUGAGGAGUUCGACCGCAAAAGAUGUCUAAUCCCCUGAUGAUGAGACCAGUGUAACACUGGCUACAGAGCACUUCUGCCCGCAUUGCAACACUUCUCUUUUAACAGUUCCAACUCUUUGAUCAUUUCUCUUUGUUCAUCAUUUUUGCUACCACAUCAAAGAUUUACUCUUACUUUCUGGGAAACAUUUAUCAUUGAGACGUUUGUUAGCGUUACUAGUCACAGCACACUAUAGUGCACAUUG